GCAUAACACAAUAAAAUGGCCGCUGCGUCGCUGGACGCCUAGAGGGAAGAAGCUGCGCGUCUCCAGCUCCGCCGCGUCCCGCGGGCCUGCUCCGCUCGGCUCCCUGGCGGUUUUGAUGGACACCUGGCUUUAUUCUUGCCAUGAAGAAAGGUUCUCAGCAAAAGUUUUCCAAUGCAAAGAUGCCACCAUCACCUCACUCUCCUAGUCCACCAUCCCUUAUGUCCAGUAUGAGAUCUAGGUCACUUUCACCUUUAAGUGGAUCUGAGACUCUUCAUUUUGGAGGACAAUGGAAUGAGCAAGUUGAGAUUACAGAUGAAAACACGGUGCUUUCAGACUACCAAGACCAUAAAGAAGCUGAUUCACAUGCAGGAGUCCGAUAUAUUACAGAGGCCCUUGUUAAAAAACUUACUAAACAGGACAGUUUGGCUUUGGUGAAGUCUCUGAACCUUUCACUUGCUAAAGAUGGUGGCAAGAAAUUUAGGUAUAUCGAAAAUUUGGAAAAAUGCGUUAAACUUGAAGUACUGAAUCUCAGCUAUAAUCUAAUAGGGAAGAUUGAGAAAUUGGACAAGCUGUCAAAAUUACGUGAACUCAACUUAUCAUAUAACAAAAUCUGCAAAAUUGAAGGCAUAGAAAAUAUGUAUAAUCUGCAAAAGCUAAACCUUGCAGGAAAUGAAAUUGAACAUAUCCCAGUAUGGUUAGGGAAGAAGUUAAAAUCUUUGCGAGUCCUCAAUCUGAAAGGCAACAAGAUAUCAUCGCUCCAAGAUGUAAGCAAACUGAAACCACUUCAAGAUUUGACAUCUCUGAUCCUUCUUGAAAAUCCAAUUGUGACCCUUCCUCAUUACAUGCAGUUUACUAUUUUUCACCUUCGCUCAUUAGAAAGUUUGGAAGGUCAGCCGGUGACUACCCAGGACAGACAAGAAGCUUUUGAGAGAUUCAGUUUAGAUGAGAUAGAAAGACUGGAAAGAGAUCUGGAGAAGAAGAUAAUGGAAACUGAAGAGCUUAGGAGCGAACAGACAAGGUUCCUUGAGGAAAUUAAAAGUCAAGAUAAAUUGAACAAAUCACUGAAAGAGGAGGCCAGGCUACAAAAACAGAGCUAUGAGGAGAUGGAAAGUAACCUAAACACAAAAAAUGAAUUGCUAAAACAGAAGACUGUGGAACUAAUGCGGGCAUGUCAGAAACAGUAUGAGAUGGAACAGGAAUUGGCCUUUUAUAAAAUUGAUGCCAAAUUUGAACCACUAAAUUAUUACCCAUCAGAGUAUGUCGAAGUUGAUAAAACCCCAGAUGAAAGCCCUUACAUUGGCAAAUCCAGAUACAAGAGAAAUAUGUUUGCUACAGAGAGUUAUAUUAUUGCAAAUGCCCAGACAGUAAAGAUCGAGAAGAUGGAGCCAGAUGAAGGGGCACAACUCAAAAAUGAGCAUGUGAACUUGAGAGCCCAUACAUCACUGGACAUACAACUGGAAGACAAAGAAAAAAAAAUAAGUGCAGCACAAACUCGACUAUCAGAACUACAUGAUGAAAUAGAAAAGGCGGAACAACAAAUUUUAAAAGCUACUGAAGAAUUUAAACAGCUGGAAGAAGCUAUACAACUUAAAAAAGUUUCAGAAUCAGAGAAAGACCUUCUUCUCAAGCAGCUGAGUGGUAGAAUACAGCUUCUCAAUAAAUUACGCCAAGAAACUGUGGAUCUAGAAACGCAGAUGGAAAAGCAAAGGCAAGAAAUUGCUGAAAAGCAGAAUGAGAUCAAGGACCUGCAAAUAGCCAUAGAUAGCCUGGAUUCCAGAGACCCAAAACAUUGCCAUAUGAAGGCUCAGAAAAGAGGUAAAGAACAACAACUUGACAUUAUGAAUAAGCAGUACAAACAACUUGAAAGCCGUUUGGAUGAGAUACUUUCUAGAAUUGCCAAAGAAACUGAAGAGAUUAAGGACCUUGAACAACAGCUUACUGAAGGACAAAUAGCAGCAAACGAAGCCCUGAAGAAGGAUUUAGAAAGUGUCAUCAGUGGGUUGCAAGAAUACCUGGAGACUGUCAAAGGCCAGGCCGCUCAGGCCCAGAACGAGUGCAGAAAGCUACAGGAUGAGAAGGAGACUUUGCUGCAGAGACUGAGUGAGGUCGAGCAGGAGAGGGACCAACUGGAAAUAGUGGCCAUAGAUGCCGAAAAUAUGAGGAAGGAGCUCGCAGAACUAGAAAGUGCCCUCCAGGAGCAGCAUGAGGUGAAUGUGACCCUGCAGCAGACCCAGGGAGAUCUCAGUGCCUAUGAGGCUGAGCUAGAGGCUCAGCUGAAAAUACGGGAUGCUGAAGCCAGCCGGCUCAAGGAGGAGUUGGAAGAACUUAGAAGGUUCAGCCAGUUAGAACAAUCAGCCCUUCAAGAGGAACUUGAGAAGGAAAAGCAAGCCCUCAAGAAUGCAGUCAGAAAAGCCCAGCUCUCAGAAGGAAAGGACCAAGAAAAUAGUGAGCUCCGCACACAACUCAAACAGCUGCAGGAUGACAAUGACCUAUUAAAACAGCAACUUAAAGAUUUCCAGAGUCACCUGAACCAUGUGGUUGAUGGUUUGAUUCGUCCAGAAGAAGUGGCCGCUCGUGUAGAUGAGCUAAGGAAAAAACUGAAGUCAGGAGCUGGGGAAAUGAGAAUCCAUACUUCCUCAGAUGUCUUAGGGAAAAGUCUUGCUGAUUUGCAGAAACAAUUCAGUGAAAUCCUUGCACACUCCCAGUGGGAAAGACAGGAAGCACAAGUAAGAGAGAGAAAACUCCAGGAAGAAAUGGCCCUACAGCAAGAGAAACUGGCAAGCGGGCAAGAAGAGUUCAGGCACGCCUGCGAGAGGGCCCUGGAAGCACGGAUUAGUUUUGAUAAGAGGCAGCACGAAGCAAGAAUCCAGCAGUUGGAGAAUGAAAUUCACUAUUUGCAAGAAAAUCUAAAAAGUAUGGAGGAAAUCCAAGGCCUUACAGAUCUCCAACUUCAGGAAGCUGAUGAAGAGAAGGAGAGAAUUCUGGCCCAACUCCGGGCGUUAGAGAAAAAGAAGAAACUUGAAGAUGCCAAGUCUCAGGAACGGUUUCUUGGUUUAGACAGAGAAUUGAAGAAACUAAAGAAAGCCGUGGCCACCUCGGAUAAGUUAGCCACGACUGAGCUCACCGUCGCCAAAGACCAGCUCAAGUCCCUUCAUGGAACUGUGAUGAAAAUUAACCAGGAACGAGCAGAGGAGCUGCAGGAGACGGAGAGGUUCAGCAGAAAGGCAGCGCAAGCAGCCAGGGAUCUGACCCAAGCGGAAGCAGAGAUCGAACUCCUGCAGAACCUUCUCACAGAUAAAGAGGAGCAGUAUCGAAAUCAGAUGGAGAAAGUAGAUGUCGGCACUGGAGGAGCGCACUCACAGGUGGUGGAGAUGGAGAAACUAAAUGAGACAAUGGAGAGACAAAGGACAGAGAUAGCAAGGCUGCGGAAUUUACUGGACCUCACCGGGGCUGAUAACAAAGGAAGCUUUGAAAAUGUUUUAGAAGAAAUUGCCGAACUUCGACGUGAGGUUUCUCAUCAGAAUGAUUACAUCAGCAGCAUGACAGAUCCUUUCAAAAGACGAGGCUACUGGUACUUUAUGCCACCACCAUCAUCAUCAAAAGUUUCCAGCCACAGUUCCCAGGCCACCAAGGACUCUGGUGUCGGCCUAAAGUGUACAGCCUCAACUCCUGUUGGAAAAGCACGUCAUGGACAGCAGGAUGGAAAAGAGGACAGUGGGCCUCCACCUGUUUCGGGAUACUGGGUGUAUUCUCCCAUCAGGAGUGGGUUACAUAAAUCGUUUUCAAAUAAGGAUGCAGACAGCGGAGGAGAUAGCCAGGAAGAGAGCGAGCCAGAGGACCGAGAGGACCACCCAUUUGUACCUCCUCACGGAUACAUUAUGUACACUGUGUUUCCCGAUGGUUCGCCUGUACCGCAGGGCACGGCCCUAUAUGCGCCCCCUCCUCCCUUGCCCAGCAGUAGCCAGCCUCUCAACCCCGGCACUGUUGUUUAUGGCCCACCUCCUGCUGGGGCUCCCAUCGUGUAUGGGCCUCCACCUCCCCACUUCUCCGUACCUCUCAUCCCCAUGGGGGUGCUGCACUGCAAUGUCCCAGAACACCAUAACUUGGAGAAUGAAGUUUCUAGAUUAGAAGACAUAAUGCAGCAUUUAAAAUCUGAGAAACGGGAACCGUGCAUGAGAGCAUCUAAGCGGCACUCGGAGAAAGAACUGGAAGAACUGCACCGUAAUAUUGAUGGUCUUUUGCAAGAGAAGAAAGACUUAGAGUAUGAAGUAGAAGAAUUACAUAGUACCAUCCAGCAACAACAACAGCGAAAAGACUUCAUUGAUGGAAAUGUUGAAAGUCUUGUGAAUGAACUGGAAACAGAGAAGUCACUCAAACACCAUGAAGAUAUUGUCGAUGAAAUUGAGUGCCUCGAGAGGACCCUUCUGAAGCGCCGCGCAGAGCUCAGGGAAGCCGACCGGCUGCUGGCGGAGGCUGAAAUGGAACUUUCGUGCACGAGAGAGAAAACAAAAAAUGCCGUUGAGAAAUUCGCCGAUGCCAAGAAAAAUUUAUUGCAAACUGAGAAAGAUGCUGAGGAGUUAGAAAAGAGAGCCCAGGAAACCGCUGUUAACCUUGUCAAAGCCGACCAGCAGCUCAGGUUGCUCCAGGCUGACACAAAGGAUUUGGAGCAGCACAAAAUGGAGCAGGAGGAAAUCUUGAAAGAAAUAAAUGAAGUUGUAGCAGCAAAAGAUUCAGACUUCCAGUGUCUCAACAAGAAGAAGGAGGUCCUGACGGGAGAGCUGCAGAAGCUGCAGAAGGACAUCGAGACCGCGCAGCACAGUGAGGAUCACCACCUGCAGGUCCUUCAAGAGUCCGAGAGCCUCCUGCAGGCCAAGAAGGCUGAGCUGGAAAAGCUGAGGAGGCAGGUGUCGGGUCAGCAGCAGGAGAUGGCCAUCUUGGAGAGGCAGGUGGGGCAUAAAAAGGAAGAGCUGCAUCUCCUCCAGGAUAGCCUGGUCCAGGCCAAAGCUGACCUCCAGGAAGCUCUGAGACUGGGAGAAACCGAAGUAACUGAGAAGUGCAAUCACAUUCGGGAAGUAAAAUCUCUUCUGGAAGAACUCAGUUUUCAGAAAGGAGAACUGAAUAUCCAGAUUAGUGAAAAAAAAACUCAACUUGCAUUCAUAAAGCAGGAAAUUGAAAAAGAGGAAGAAAAUCUUCAGGUAGUUUUAGGACAAAUGUCUAAACAUAAAACUGAACUAAAGAAUAUUCUGGACAUGUUGCACCUUGAAAACAAUGAGCUGCAAGGUUUGAAGCUACAGCAUGACCAAAAGGUGUCUGAGUUAGAGAAGACUCGGGUUGAAGUGCUAGAGGAGAGACUGGAGUUAGAGAAUCUGCAACAGACAGCCCUGCGACAGAAAGGGGAGAUAGAGUGGCAGAAGCAGCUCCUCGAGAGGGACAGGCAGGAAGUAGAGCGGAUGACUGCUGAGACCCGAGCAUUACAGUUGUGUAUUGAGUCUCUGUGCAAAGAAAAGGAAGAUCUCGAAGAAAAACAGGAUAGCUGGGAAAAGAAGUUGGCACAGACUAAACGGGUUUUAGCAGCUGCAGAAGACGAUAGCAGAAUGGAGCAGGCAAACUUAGAAAAGUUGGAGUUGGAUGUCAGAAAGCUGCAGCAGGAGCUAGACCGACUUAACAGAGAGAAGCUCUCCCUGAAUGAAGACCUGGGAGCAGUGCAGCAGCAGCUACAAGAAAAACGAGAAGCAGUAAACUCACUACAGAAGGAACUAGCGGAUGUCCAAGACCAUUUGAACCUAGCAAAACAGGACGUGCUUCACACCACCCAGCGUAAGGACUCAUUGCUCAGUGAACAGACCAGGCUCGAGAAGGAUAUCGGUGAAUGGAUGAAGAAGACUGAAGAAUGCCGGAAAGAAGGGGAGACAAAGCAGCAACAGCUUCAAGAGCUUCGGAACAAGAUUGAAGAAAACAAGGCUAAGCUAGCCCAGCAAGAAAUGAUGUUUCAGAGACUCCAGAAAGAGCGAGAAUGUGAAGAAAAAAGGUUAGAAGCCAGUAAAGUGGCUCUGAAGGAGCAGCAGCAGCAGCUGGAAAGGGAGUUGGGCGAGCAGAAAGGCAAGCUGGACCAGGUGCUCUCAAAGCUGCUCUUGGCUGAGGAGCGUGUGAGGACCUUGCAGGAAGAGGAGAGGAGCAGCGAGACCCUGGAGAAAACGCUCUCCCAGACCAAACGGCAGCUUUCAGAACGGGAACAGCAGUUACUGGAAAAGUCAAGUGAGCUGCAAGCUCUCCAGAAAGAGACAGACUCUAUGAGGGCAGACUUCAGCCUCUUACGGAACCAGUUCUUGACAGAAAGAAAGAAAGCCGAGAAGCAGGUUGCCAGCCUGAAGGAAGCUCUGAAGAUCCAGCGGAGUCAGCUGGAGAAGAACCUUCUGGAGCAAAAGCAGGAGAACAGCUGCAUGCAGAAGGAGAUGGCGACAAUUGAACAGGUGGCCCAGGACAACCACGAGCGGGCCAGACGCCUGAUGAAGGAGCUCAACCAGAUGCAACAUGAGUACAUGGAGCUCAAGAAACAGAUGACAACCCAAAAAGAUGUGGAGAGAAGACAGAUGGAAAUCAGUGACGCAAUGCGAACACUUAAAUCUGAGGUGAAAGAUGAAAUCAGAACAAGCCUGAGGAAUCUCAACCAGUUUCUCCCAGAACUACCAGCAGAUCUGGAGGCUAUUUUGGAAAGGAAUGAAAACCUAGAAGGAGGGUUAGAAAGCUUGAAAGAGAACUUCCCGUUCACUGUGAGUGAGAGACCAUCACCUUUUGAAGAAAAAUUGAAUUUUUCCCAGACUCACAUAAUGGAUGAACACUGGCGUGGAGAAGCACUCCGAGAGAGACUGCGUCACCGCGAAGAUCGACUCAAGGCCCAGCUCCGACACUGUAUGUCCAAGCAAGCAGAAGUGUUAAUUAAGGGGAAGCGGCAGACAGAGGGCACAUUACACAGCUUGAGAAGACAAGUGGAUGCUUUAGGGGAAUUGGUCACCAGCACUUCUAGAGACUCCACGUCAUCACUUGGUCUGUCUCAGUUGGAAUCUUCCCUGGCCGAGGACUCUCAACCUGGACCAAGUCAGGAAAAGAACUGCUCAGCCGGGUGAGGAAAUCUCAGAGGAAAUCCCUUCUCUACUACCUCACGGUGAACUGGAAGGCCGCUUGGUUUUGCUCCAGAUGCGGGGAACUCCAACACUGCACUUCCACUGUAGCUUAGCUCACAUGCUGUGAACGCUGGGGUUUCUGUAAAUCACAUGUACAUAUGCGAAGAGUUGUAUACAGUUUAAACCUGGAUGGCUGGGGGGUUUUUUUUUUUAGCUUUGAAAUGUAUUGCCGUAAAACCAGUGAUUGUAAUUGUAAAUUUGAGGCUACAAACUGGUUAAAAUCUAUAGCUACAAAGAAAAAGAAUGUACUCAAGCCCUUCAUUUAUAGUGUCAAAUUUUAUUUUUGGAUUUUGCUUAAAAUCUAUUUUCAUAUGAAAAUAAAAGAUAAAAUAGUCUGUCAUCUGACUUUACAUUUCAUAGAUCUACAGUAAAGCCAUCCAACGUUUACCUUCGUUCCAAGAGAACAGCAAUUUCCAAAUGGCUCUCCAUCUUUGGCCCAGAGAUAGAAGUUUGUUGUACCUGUCAAUGAACAUACACCACAUGGAAAUAUCGUUUAUAAAACUACGAUACCUGAGGUGCUUUUCCUCAACCAAAAAUAUUCUUUGAUGGAAAAUUAGCAGAAUCUGACCCAGUGGUAAAAUCAAAUUGUGUUUGACUUUUAAAUCUUUGAACUACUGUAAUUAAUGGCUCCGCUUCAAGAUCUCCAAAUACAUUAUUUCUCUAAAAACAAUAGCAACUGUCGCAAAAGACCAUGUGGCAGUAGACUUCUUCUCAUGGCUAAGGGGAAGUAUGAAACUACAUGUUACAGGUUUUAAAAUACUCCCAAGUCCUGUUUUCUAGGCCCGCAGACAGCUUAUGAACCAUAACCAUACAGUAUGGUGUGGUGCAAUCAUCCCUCUCUACCCAAGGAGGGUUAUAUUCCCAAGAAUUUGGUCAGACCUGGACCAUUAAUUAAGAUAUGGGAUAAACAGAAUUACAAUAAAGGCAAUGGAAGUGGCAUAAAAUUUAACACACAGUUCUAGAAGUAUCUACUUCCAAAUAAAAAUUGGAUUUGGUGUGUAUCUUUUGUAUUUAACAUUCUCUUAUUUCAUUUUCACAGGCCUUAGCAAAAUGCUGAAAAGUCAGGCCUCUGCACAAUUAUUGAAAUCCCUCAGGGACACUUUUUCCCAUUCUGUCCAUGUGCUGAGUGAGGGUAAAAUAUCUUCUUUCUAAACUGCCACAUGAACCCUAUUCCCCUGUGGACAGGAAUGGAAGGUAAUCAUUUGAUCUUCUGUGUAAGGGGGAGUGACCUGAACCACACAUCUAUAUAGAAAGAUCACACCUGAAACGGAUAUGUGAGCAAAAAAGUUCUCAAAACUAUAGUCUGGAAUUAGGGGAAGUAAUUAAUAUGUGAAACCAAACACCUGGUUCCAAAAGACCUCUUUCCAAAGAAACUUUACUAUAUCUAGAAUUAUGUAAACAUUACCACCAAAAAAAAGUUUUUUAAUCAAGUUUACUGCAUCGAACAUUUUAUUAUCCAUGAAACACUUGAACAUUGCACUGGAAUGUCUGAGCACCAAUUUACUAAUCAAGAGGGCCUCCACACAGGUGCAAGAUUAACAAGUAACCCACAGAAGCAGGUGACCCCACAUGUAGUAAACUCUCAUUGAUGAAAGAUUAAAAGAACUUCACAUUCUCUCCAAAGUGUACUUCCCAGUGUCUGGCACAUGCAUGUUACAAUAGGACAAUUUGCUGCUCUAUUUUUGAGCACCCAAGUUUAUUACAGGGGAUUACACAUGCAAACAACAGAAUCUGGCCCCAAGUACAGUCAAGGGAGAACACUAUCAGGCACCAAGUGUGCUGAUCUCACACUGAAAAAGGCUGACUGAAAACACUGCAAGGGUGAUCCAAAUACAAGGACAAAACUAAGUCAAUUACUGAGUGAUGUGGAGUUAUAUGCUAUAUAUGUAGACUUCUCUUUAUACAGUAAGGACAAUUCUCCCAAUAAAAACUGGCAACUUCUGCCAAAUAAUUGUUUGCCUGAAAAAAAUAUGAAAUCCUAUUGUAGUUCAGAAAAUAAUGCAAACCAUUUUAAUUUAAUCUAGAUACAGGUACUUUAUUUACAAAUAUUUAGAUUAAUAGCAUUUUGUUACAUCAAAUGAAGAGUACAGCAGUCUGAAUAAAUCCUGUCACAAAAACAAUUAAGACCCACUGUAACUAACUCGGGGAAUCAGGGUAUUGCACCUAAACAAGCCGCAGUCUUUAGUCUGUGAUUGCUACCUUAUAUCCCAAUGGGUGGGUGGUUUUUUUUGUAAAUAUAUACACACACCAGCAGGUCAUGGUCCCUGGGCGAGUCCCUUGUGAAGCAACAGGGUAAGCAAAAUGGGCCACUGUAAGUCUUUAACAGAACGUACCAAUCUACUCAAGGAAUCUUGUUUUUUAAAAAGUUAAAGACAAAAAUAAAGAUGAGUCCACAAAUUAACCAAAUCCUGUUUUCUGCACAUUCCAGUUUUGGCUUUUAUUUAACAUUGACUAUACAAUACUCCAGUACUACUACAUGUUUACAACCCAGAAAGCCGUAUUUUUUAUUUUCACUUUAGUGUCUGUAAAGAGGGAUUUAAAAUGUGUAUUUUAAACACAGCAGUUGAGCUGAGUGAUUUUAUAGAAUAUAGUAAGGUUUACCUAUCCUACUUCAAAUAGCUUCAAUUCUCCAUCUGGACCAUAAACUGAAUCAGAAAUCAAUCGAAAGAAGUAAAGAACUUGGUAAAACAUAAGUCUGUUGUCUAAAGAGAUUGUUUCCCUUGCAAUACAGUAUUCUUUCAGUGGCCAAACCACCUAGUGCAAAGUAAUAACUUACUUUGUAUCAGCACAAACACUGAAACACCAAUAGAAACACUUUCCCUUUUACAAAACAACUUAUGCCAACAUGACAUAAAAUAGCCCCUCAUACUAAGAACACAAGGGGUAUCCUAAAUUACUUCACUGUAGUGUUAAAAAUGCACAAUUUAAAAUCCCUUAACAG